AAUUCCUUUUCCAUACAUCUAGAUUCCAUCGUUUUCGUCUCGUUCAAAUUGAUCUGUUCCCAUUGACUCAAUUCUCGUUGACUUAAAAAUGACUACCACUCGUUUGUCUCUGCGGUUGCUCCGCAGCCCGUUCCGAACUACCGCAAUCCCCUCCGUCACCCAGAGAACCUUUACCACUACCCGCACCAGGUUGAGUGCACCAGAGACAUCUAGCGCCUACAAAGACGGGUUCGCCCGAUACAAGCUCUUCGUCAGCCCCUUUGCCAAAGUCUUCCUUGGCGCCAUCUUCACCUACCAAGUUCUCCACUGGACGUGGUUGAAGCUCGAGAUGGAUGACUCGAAGUAUGAAAAGAAUAAGGAGGUCGCUGCUCUUGAGCAGAAAGCCAGGGAACUAACCGGCACGCAGAAGAAGGUGUAAUUGCUUGCGUGCUCGAAUAGUUAGUUUCUGACUGCCUCUUUGGGUUGGUCAAUGAUGUCGUGUUUCUGUAUUCUAUCUACUCACCAUUAUUUGCACCUGCUACUAGUUUAUAUAUACCCAGUCAUACAUCAAUCCCGC